CCGUCCUCCAUCAAUAGAGCCGUGCCGUUCACUCUCAGGCUGGUGAACAGUGUCAGAAACACUCCCAACGAUUUCAGAGCUUCUCCAGCUCCUUUCCAGGUGCACACCUGAGUAUAUACGUUCAUAUUUGUUGGAUAGCAAAAUCAAAUCGGUUCGCGGAAAUAGGUACGCCAUAACCUGUGCACAACAAACUCAACGCAAACCUAGCCAUAUAUGAGGGUGUCUGGCGCGUGGGACUGAAGGAACAGGAGGGAGGAAAGGACUAGAACAAGGGAGCUUGUCAAAGGAAGGAAAUAAAAGGAGAAAAACAAACUAUGGUAUUCGAACUACAUAUUUGGGGCCCAGCAUUUGGGCUGCCUUCGAUCGACCCACAAUGUAUUUCGAUGGUUGCAUAUUUUGCUUUGGCCGUCCCCAUGAAGUUAAGAGGUUCUGAUGGGGAACAGGAACAGUGGGUGUUGGUAGCGGACAGCGAUCCUGGUAUGGUUCCAACUAAUGAACUACCAGCGUUAUGGACCGGAACGAGGUGGAUCAGUCGAUUCAGGAACAUCGUAGCAUACCUAAGCCAAUACUCUGACGGAGAAUGGGACUUGGAUCGGUGGAUGGGUCAAAAAGAGAAAGCAGAUUGCAUAGCGUUCUCAUCCUUUCUCGAAUCCCAAGGCCAGCCAUUGAUUGACCUUUCCUUAUACGUGUCGAGUGAUAAUUAUAACAAUGCGACUUCCCAGGCCUAUGCAUCGUUUCUCCAAUGGCCCAGCCAAUGGAUAACGCCACCACAAAUUCGAAAACUGGCUAAGAAACGCACAGAAUAUCUCGGUCUUACAUCCCUUGAUGUCGAUGUGAUGGUGGAGGAGCAGAGACAUCAAGCGCGGGAUCCCAGUAGCCUAGCAAGCAAAAUCCCCAAAAGCCUUAUCCGCAAGCGCCAGGCGACAGUGAGCGAUAUUUUAAACAGGUCUUCAAAACAAAACCAGAUACGACUGGAGGGCAUGGCCAGCGCAUUUGUGGCACCUCUAGAAGAGCUUCUGGGGCGGAAAGGGUAUCUGUUAUCAUCGGAAAUUCCGUCGAGUCAAGAUUGUUUGGCGUUGGGUUAUCUCUCCCUGGCCUUAGUUCCAAACCUUCCAAACCCGUGGUUGAGAGAUGCUGUCACGGAACACGGACCGCAAUUAGUGGCCUAUGUAGCCCGAUUACGGUCGCGGUGUUUUGGCGAUGUGCCAGUGGAGGUGUCCAUGGCGUUUUCAGAGAGCGUGGGGGUGGCAUCGAGCCUGCCUUGGCGAGCUCCGGAGCUGGUUAGCCUUGGAGCAAUGGGAAAGCGGGCGUUGGAAGGGAUAGCGGAUUCGAUACCAAUUGUGCAGCAGAUCAGAGCCAACGCUAGAUUGCAACGGGCGGGAGAGCAGGCGCAGGGCCCCUGUGAGGAGAAGGAGAUAGCAGCGAAGGUCGCCACGAUGCAGCGACGAGAGUUAUAUACGUCGAUAGCAACUGUAUUGGCUGGCCUAGGGAUGUUUGUGGGAUAUGUGUUGUAUACGGGGUUCUUCCAGGCCGAACAGGCUGCUGAAGAAGAGGAAGACGCGGACGAGGAGGGUGAGGAGGAGGAAGAUGAGGAAGUAGAGGGAGAAGAAGAAAAGAAGGCGGACUAUCCAAAAAGCAAGCUCCAGAAUCCAGCUCAGGAGGAGCCUGCCGGUGAUACCCAGAAGCCCAUGUCGCCAUUGGGAGAGGCGGGAUCCAUGCUGGGGAUUUAGUUUGGAUGUUAUCAACUUCUUGCUGCGCGAUCCAUUGGGCGUAUUAUGUAUCAUCUACGUUGUACAUCUCCCUUCUUUCUAUUUUCCCUGCUCUCAUUAAUU